GCAGAUCCAUUGCUCGUAUUCUUUCUCUCUCUGAAUAGUCCUCUCGCCGGAAAUAGAGACGGAGAAGAAAACCAGAGCAGAGAAUUAGGGUGCGAUUUACCGGCGUAAAGUCAAUUCUGAUAUAGUAAUUAUAAGCCCGCACAUACGAACUGGUGCUAAUGGGCUCGGAGUUGAUCUUUAGAGGACACGAGGCGCAGCCAUUGUCCGACUCAUACUCGCCCAAACCGCCUAAGCCAUGGCUAUCCGUCACUAGGCCGGUUCGUUAUAUGCUCCGAGAACAGCGAUUGGUAUUUGUCCUCGUCGGCAUUGCCAUCGCAACCCUAUUCUUCAGCUUCGCUCCUUCUUCCUCUUCAUCAUCGUAUGGCGCAGUCGGGAACGUCGGUGGUGGUCGAUACGAUUUUUCGUCAUCUGGAUCGUAUCUUCCGUCCGAUCCAAAUCAGAUUUCGAAUCGAGUCUUCUACCAGCAGAAUCAGCUCGGUUCGUUCAGUUCUGGCGCGAAGGUGCCGCUUGGAUUGAAGAGGAAAGGGUUGAGGAUCGUUGUGACUGGCGGCGCUGGUUUCGUUGGUAGUCAUCUUGUGGAUCGGUUGAUUGCUAGAGGAGAUAGCGUGAUCGUUGUUGACAACUUCUUCACAGGUCGAAAGGAAAACGUGGCGCAUCAUUUUGGAAACCCUAGGUUCGAGCUGAUCCGUCACGAUGUGGUUGAGCCACUUCUCCUUGAAGUGGAUCAGAUCUACCACCUUGCCUGUCCUGCAUCGCCGGUCCAUUACAAGUUCAACCCUGUCAAGACGAUUAAGACCAAUGUUGUGGGGACGUUGAACAUGCUUGGUUUGGCAAAGAGGGUUGGUGCGCGGUUCUUGCUAACGAGCACCAGUGAGGUUUACGGCGAUCCAUUGCAGCACCCUCAGGUUGAGACCUACUGGGGCAACGUCAAUCCAAUCGGUGUCCGUAGUUGCUACGAUGAAGGAAAGCGCACAGCCGAGACAUUGACAAUGGACUACCACAGGGGUGCUGGCGUCGAGGUGAGAAUUGCUAGGAUUUUCAACACCUAUGGUCCUAGGAUGUGCAUUGAUGAUGGCCGUGUUGUUAGCAACUUUGUCGCUCAGGCUUUAAGAAAAGAGCCAUUGACUGUUUAUGGUGACGGGAAGCAGACCAGGAGUUUCCAGUUUGUUUCAGACUUGGUUGAGGGACUAAUGCGUCUUAUGGAAGGGGAACACGUUGGGCCAUUCAACCUCGGAAAUCCUGGGGAAUUCACCAUGCUUGAACUUGCUAAGGUGGUUCAAGAGACAAUAGACUCAAAUGCGAGGAUUGAGUUCAGGCCAAAUACAGAGGAUGAUCCUCACAAGAGGAAACCUGACAUCACAAAGGCGAAAGACCUGCUUGGUUGGGAACCUAAGGUGGCACUUCAAAAAGGACUUCCUCUUAUGGUUCAAGAUUUCAGGCAACGAAUCUUCGGGGACCAGGACCACAAGGAUAUCAAUACCAACAACAACAAUGGAGUUUCUGCUUGAUGUAAGCAAUCAAUCAAACAAACAAAACAAUCAAAUAUUACACCACAUAACAGUAGUAUUAAUUGUUAAUUACUAUUGCUGUUUAGUGGUCCAAACAUGUUUUUUUUUCUUCUAUAGUUUUUUGAAGUUUGAACAAGGACGAUCCGAGCAUAUAAUAUUAUUAUAUGUAUUAAUUUCUAUCGUAAUUGUAAUUUACUAGCUAGAUUCAUCCACAUACGUUUGUUCCUUGUUUCUUUAUAAAAAACAGGAUUACUUAUA